AUGACUUCCUCAGCCUCCCCUACAUUCGCAGUGAACGAACGCGUUCUCUGCUAUCAUGGCCCCCUUAUCUACGAGGCCAAAGUCCUUAAAGUAGAUCAGAGCGAAGACCCCACAUCCGGGACCAUACUCCCCAAUUACUUUGUGCACUACAAGGGUUGGAAACAGACCUGGGAUGAAUGGGUACCUCCGCCUCGCUUGCUCAAGCACAACGAUACGAACAUAGCUAUCCAAAAAACCCUCCAGUCACAAGCAAAUGCCACAAACGCAGCCGUUAACGCGUCAAACCGCGCUGCCAAAUCGGGCCCCUCUGGGUCGCAUAGAGAACACCAUUCCGUCGGAGGGCUCGGUACUGGGAGUACGAGGGUGCGGAAAGACGGCGCGAGGGGGACGAAGAGGGGGAGAGAAGAGGACGACGCUUCCAAAAAGCCGGAGAUUAAGCUCAAUGUGCCCGAGGUUCUGAAAGUGAUACUGGUCGAUGACUGGGAAGCUGUCACAAAGAACAACCAAUUAGUAACUCUUCCCCGCUCACCAACCGUUGUCGAAGUUCUUAGCCAGUUCGAGGCAUACAUCCUCGCCAGGCCGGCUUCAGAAAAUGCGCAUCUCACGAGUCCCUCUCUCCUUCUACCUACGAUUAUCUCUGGUCUCACAAUAUAUUUUGACCGUUCACUUGGAUCCAACCUCCUCUACCGCUUCGAGCGCCCGCAAUAUGCUGGAAUACGCAAACAGUAUGUCACGGGUCCCCAUAUCAUCGUCGGACAGGAGAAGGAUAUGAGUUGUGUGUAUGGCGCUGAACAUAUGCUACGGAUGCUAGUAUCCCUGCCACAGAUGAUAGCAAACUCGACGAUGGACGCCGACUCGGUCUCUAUCAUACGCGACUACGUCAACGAGUUAUUAUUGUACAUGGUGAAAGAACGCGGGCGUCUGUUUCAACGCGAAUAUGAAAGUGCAAGUAUGCAGUACCAAAACAUAUCGAGAUCAUAG